AUGGCUUUAGAAAAAAAAGAAGAAGAAAUAGUUGUGAUGAACAUGGAGGAUUUUCAAGAGAUCCAUGUUUCUGAUAAUCCUGAUCCUACUAUACCACAACUCCAAAACCAGAAACAACAAAAAUUUCGACGAAAUGAUUCUCUUGAGAUUGAAUCUCGCACCACCUCUCACCUCCAUCACUCUAACGGGCCAUCAAUGGCGUUAAUACUGCAACUGGCGUUUCAAAGUCUCGGAAUAGUUUAUGGAGACAUCGGAACUUCGCCGUUGUACGUGUUUUCAAGCGUCUUCCCGGACGGUAUUAACCACAACGAUGAUAUAUUAGGAGUUCUUUCGUUAAUCUUCUAUACACUCACUCUCAUUUCUCUUCUCAAAUACGUCUUUAUCGUCCUAAGAGCCACCGAUAAUGGAGAUGGUGGAACAUUUGCUUUGUACUCUCUUAUAUGCCGAUACGCGAAAGUGGGACUAAUUCCGAAUCAACAACUAGAGGAUGCAGAGGUGUCUAAUUAUAAGCUGAAAUUGCCAAACAACCGUGAAAAGAGAGCGUCCAAGCUUAAAUCUAUGAUUGAGAACAGUCACGGUACAAAGAUUUUCCUCUUGUUUACUACUUUGCUCGGAACUUCCAUGGUCAUCGGUGAUGGUGUUCUCACACCUUGCAUAUCUGUUUUAUCUGCAGUGGGAGGGAUCAAGGAAGCUGCUAGCAAAAUAACUGACGAUCAAAUUGUUUGGAUAUCAGUGGCAAUCUUGAUUCUUCUUUUCAUGGUUCAGAGAUUUGGAACUGAUAAAGUUGGUUACAGUUUCGCUCCCAUAAUCUGUAUAUGGUUCACUCUCAUUGCCGGUAUUGGUUUGUACAAUUUCAUCAGGCAUGAUACAUCGGUUAUAAAAGCUUUGAAUCCGAAAUACAUCGUAGAUUAUUUCAUCAGGAAUAAAAAAAAUGCUUGGAUUUCUCUUGGUGGCGUUGUUCUCUGUACAACAGGAACUGAAGCAUUAUUUGCUGAUGUUGGACAUUUCACAGUUCGGUCUAUACAGAUAAGUAUGUGCUGUGUUACUUAUCCUGCUCUUAUUUUGGCUUAUGCCGGACAAGCGUCAUUUCUUCGCAAAAACAACGAUCUUGUUAGUGCCACAUUCUAUAAGUCCAUACCAGACUCUAUGUAUUGGCCAAUGUUUGUGGUUGCUGUUUUGGCAGCAAUUAUAGCUUCUCAAGCGAUGAUCUCAGGGGCUUUUUCUAUAAUCCAACAAUCUCUAUCAUUAGGAUGUUUUCCUCGCGUGCAAAUUGUACAUACAUCGGAAAAGUAUGAAGGACAAGUUUAUAUUCCUGAAGUUAAUUACAUCCUCAUGAUUGCUUGUAUUGCCAUCACCGUUGGUUUUAAAACCACCACAAAAAUUGGAAAUGCCUAUGGGAUAGCAGUGGUGUUUGUGAUGACACUAACAUCUGCAUUUCUCACACUAAUCAUGAUUGUGAUAUGGAAGACUCACAUGCUUUUGAUCCUUAGCUAUGUUCUCGUCAUUGGUUCUGUAGAACUACUUUACUUAAGCUCGGUUUUAUACAAAUUUGACCAAGGAGGGUAUCUUCCUCUUGCAUUUUCCGCUAUUCUAAUGUUCAUCAUGUACAUUUGGAAUAGUGUGUACCGAAAAAAGUACUUUUACGAACUUGAUCACAAGAUUUCACCUGAAAAGUUCAGAGAAGUUGCUUGUAACACAAGUUUAUGUCGAUUUCCCAGUCUUGCAAUCUUUUACUCUGAGCUUGUUCAAGGUAUUCCACCAAUUUUCAAGCAUUAUGUUGCAAAUGUUCCGGCACUACACUCUGUCCUUGUCUUUGUUUCCAUUAAAUCAUUGCCUAUUAGCAAAGUUCCAAUUGGAGAAAGGUUUCUUUUUCGACGAGUACAACCUAAAGAAUUCUAUGUAUUCCGAUGUGUUGUUAGAUAUGGAUACACUGAUGUCCGCAACGAGAAAGAGCCUUUUGAAAAGUUAAUUGUUGAGAGGUUGAAGGAGUUUAUUGUUAAGGAAUAUUAUUGGAGUCAAAAAAUGAUACAAGAUGGUGAAACCGAUGAAAAUUUGAAUCUUGAUAAAUCACAAGAAAUUAGUGAGGGAGGAAGAGUCCAAGAGGCAAUUGAAAAAGAGAUUGAGACAAUUGAGAAAGCAUCAAGAGCUGGUGUUGUGCAUUUGAUUGGUGAAAAUGAGGUGAUUUCUAGUAAGGGAGCUGGUUUUGGAAAAAGAAUUUUGAUUGAUUAUGCCUACAAUUUUUUGAAGAAAAACUUGAGACAGAGUGAAAAGUUAUUUGAUAUUCCUCACAAACGUAUGGUCAAAGUUGGAAUGACUUAUGAAUUGUAA